UGUCGUCUCGGAGAGACUCAUCUGGAUCGUUGUCGUCUAGCCUCUAACUAACAAAUAACUAAACACUAACUAAUAAUAAAAAAAUAUAAAUAUUUGCUAUAGUUGGUGUUUUUUUUUCGGUAUUCUGACAAUAAAUAAUUUCUCACCUUGUACACAAAGGCUGUAUCGUUAAUGUAUGAAAAUCAGAACUGAAUGGAAUGGCUGGUCAACAUUGCAAAACAAUAACGGGUAAAUCUGUCAAAUAAACGGAGUUUGAUCUGAUUACUGCAAUCUAUUUGUUUGACAAACCAUUCGUGCAAGUGUGUUUAAAUUAAAACCCCGUCAUAUCGCAAGCAAACCCAGUUAUGGUCAUAGAGUUUUGAAAUAGUUUCUUCCAAAUUAAACAAACUCAGUCAUUUGCUAUAGUUCACCAGGUAAUCCAGUUGUAGCUCGAUGAAGUAAUUACUAAAUAAUACUGGCAUAUUGAGCAAAAGCUGUUAGGUCAUACUGUUGAAAAUGAUUUUUACCUUUUAAUAAGAAACAAUAUUAUCAAGACUUCUGUCUGAUUCUAUGUGAAGUUAUGUUGGAUAGCUCAAAAUAUUUGAAACACGUAUAAGAGUAGGAAAGACUGAGUGUGGUGCAGAAACGAAAAGAAAAUACUAGGAAGACUUCUAGAUCAGUAUCUGAGAAUUCAUAAAAUUAUAGAAUUCUUAGGAUUCAAGAUAUGCUGUUGUCAUAAGUUAAAGUAUUGUUAUCAUGUUCUGGAAGCCUAAAGAAUAAUUGGAAUGUAUGGAUCAACGGAUUUAUCUUUUCAUGGUUCCACAUUUUCACUGUCGUCCAACAAUUUGCAGAGAAAAAAUGAAGAAAACCGACUUGGAAUCGCAACAACCGCCUUGUUUAUUGUCGGAACGAUGUGUGGAACUGGUGUACUAACUAUCCCACAAGCUGUCGUCAAUAGUGGAUACAUUGGACCAGCCAUUAUUCUUACGUGUGGUAUUAAGGCCGCGUAUACGGGAACGCUUCUUGGUAAAUGCUGGGCAAUACUACGUAAUCGUUACCCAGAAUAUGAAAAUGACAGAAUUACGGACCCCUACCCGACUAUAGCGCAUCGAGCUGGAGGACGAGUUGCUGAAAUUGCUACAAGAGUUUGCCUUGAUAUAACAAUGUUUGGGACAAUUGUGCUUCUGCUUCUGAUAUCUAGUAAUAUAUCCGACUCUAUAUCCGACAUAGGACAUCAUGAUUUUUCUCUGUGUUAUAUCGUCAUGAUCACUACGGGAGUCUUGAUUCCAUUAUCUUGGUUGGGAACACCAAAGGAUUUUUGGCAAGCUGGAAUUAUUGCCGCAUGUGCAAGUAUUGUGGCUGCAUUUUUUGUGUUUGGGAGCAUGAUAACAAGCACUUCAAAUCAAUCAAGUCCUGAACAUGCGGAACCCCAGUGGUCUCUAUUUCUGAGUGCUGCAGGUACAAUACUUUUUUCGUUCGGUGGAGCAAGUUGUUUCCCAACCAUUCAGCUUGAUAUGAGACGUCCAUCCAAAUUUCCAAUAUCAGCAAUCAUCGGAAUUUCAGUAACUUUUUUAGUUGUCAUGUCGGUGUAUCUUCUUGUCGGAAUCACUGGGUUUGUGGUACUAGGCGAUAACAUGAAACCAAAUGUUCUGAAUGCUUUACCUGGAGAUUGGAUGUCAUACACAGUCAAUAUUUUGGUGACGUCGCAUUUUCUCAUGGCUUAUCUUAUCUUCAAUAACCCUGUCAGUCAAGAGAUUGAGGGUAUCUUAAAAAUACCGGACAAAUUUUGCCUAAAAAGAGUAUUGUUGAGAACAACACUUGCACUGACCGUAAUGUUUGUGGCUUUGACAGUUCCGCAUUUUGACGUCAUCCUAUCUCUAUUAGGAGGAACAACAAUAGUUCUAGUUAAUUUUGUGUUCCCGCCUAUGUUCUAUAUUAUGUUAUCAAAGCAACGAAUACCUUCAGAUGCCUAUGGCCCACUUCCAUCCCAUCUUACUAAGCGAAAACAAUCAGCGAUCGAUUCGACCUCUUUGGUUACUCAGUCUAGUUUUCAGUCUGAAGAAGAUGUUUCAAAUAAUCCAGUUUGGACGCAAGUUCAAGUAGAACUACAUGUUAAAGUUAUUUUAAUAGAAAUUAUAAUUUUUGGAAUAGUAGGAGGCGGUUGCUCAACCUAUUUUUCAAUUGCUUCUCUUGUUAACGGAAAAUCAGGAUUUACUGUGCCUUGUUAUGUUAAUACCAGCGUCGGGCUGUGAAUAUUUUUUUGACGAAACAGUAUUCUUUUUAAAAUAUUAUUGAUCUAUAUUUUCAGGUACAAUUCAGUUUUGUUGUUUUUAUAUUUAUAUAUUCUAUUGUAGAAGUGAAUAAUGAUGAAAAGUAAAAUACAGUUUAUGCAAAAAAC